AUGCACCCACAGGCCACCCAGGGCACCAACACUUCGAAGAGCUCGGGAACCAGCUCUACUAUCCAAAAUGGCCAAUACCACCAAGAUCCGCGUACAGUCUACGCCCAAAUGUAUCCACAGGGUAUGAACAUCUGCGCCCAAAACGAUAGUGUGCUAACUUUGUCUCAAAUGUUUGCAGGCAUGAAUCCUCAAAACUACCGUCCCAAAUUUGGGCCAAAGAAUACGACACCUAUCACGAUGAACGGCAUGGACUGGUCAAACAAUACCCACACCUCCUACAACAGCCCUUUGAUCCUGGUACCCAACUCCGGGGUCUUGGGCGGCGUUCAACAGCUUCCCUCAUUUGUUCCUGGCUCGAUGAAUGGCCAGACUGACCAGAUGAACCAGUAUCAGUAUUUCCCGACUGGUGUAUAUCAAAACCUUAACUCUGUGGUGCCUGGUGGGUACUCAUCCUGGCCCUAUACAAUGAACUAUGAUAUACAAGACAAGUCAGCUGCAUGGAUGUCAGUUGACGGCCAGAAAGGAUCGCAAGCCGAAGGCGCUACUCCCAUGCAAUACUAUCCCACCACCCUCAUUUCCGGCCUAGACGGCACCAGUAUGCCACCUUAUACGUGUGGCACCAUGUUCCCAAAUUUCGGCUCACUUUCACUGCCAUUUCAAAUGAUGAAAACCACAAAUGGCUACGUGGUACAAGACUUAGAUGCAUUGACGCAGCAGGAACCUGCAAUUCCCCGUGCUGUGCCAGCCAUGUGGACCAAUCCAUCUGAGAUGACGCUCGCUAAGUGCCUCGAGAAUCGUGAAGGUAUCACCAAUGUCUACAUUCGAGGCUUUCUCCCGGAAACCACAGAUGACCUUCUUCAUUCCUACGCCGCUCGAUUUGGAAACAUUGAGCGCUGCAAGGCAAUUGUCGAUUUAGACACGGGACUUUGCAAGGGAUCGCUUAGCUUCGGGUUUGUUCAAUACUACAAUUUCGAGUCUUGCGAAAACUGCAUUCGCGGGUUUUUCUAUCUCGGUUACCAAGCAAGCUUCGCUCAGAAGUCCCGAAACUCUCGUCUCAAGGAUCUGGAGGACAGAUCGUCCACCAAUGUAUAUUGUACCAAUAUCCCCAUCGAUUGGACCGAAGCGGCGAGUCUUUACUGGGUUUACUGCUUGGAUUUGCGUCGUCACUUUGAACCCUACAAUGUUGUAUCUGAGAAGAUAAGUCGAGAUGAGAAGACGGGUGUGAGCAAGGAAGUGGGCUUCGCACGUUUCGAAUCCCGCGAUAUUGCUGAAAGAGUUUUAUCCGAGUUCCACAAUCUCACAAAGGAUAACGACGUGAAGUUGCUUCUUCGUUUUGCAGACACCAAAGCUCAAAAGAUGCUCAAGCAGCAGAGCAACGAGCGCCGUGCAUACCGCGCAGGGGAAUAUAACUAUUCCGUUGAAGUGGUGCAAGGCUCAACCCCAUCACCUUCUCUACAACGCCUUCAGCAGACGAGCUCCCACAUGACCCCUAACUCACAGGGAAGCUUCGGCUCUCCAGCUGGAAUAGGCUCCAACUGGACCCCAGCUACUUCGAUAUCUCCCACAUACGGCUUGAUGAAAAACACUAGUAGCGGCGCACGACAUGCCUCGUUGUCCUCUCGCAGUCUUAAUGCAAUCGAGAAUACACCUGUGUAUCGCCGCACCUUUCAAACGUGUCGCUCCAUGACAGACAUUUCAGGUGGCUCAUCUAAGACAGUCGUACCUCCAUCUCCCGACCUUGAACCUCGAUCGUACAUGUCAAGUCCCCGAAAAGAAAACAUCAAGGCGGGAUCUAUGUCGCCGAUCCCCUCACGGAUGGAUAUUAUGAUUUCCACCCCUCGCUCCUGCUCCUGA